AGACCAUUUUGACAUUAAAUGUUUCGCACAUCUGCCCUUGUGUUCGUCACGCGCAACCCGCGGAUGGAAGCGAUGCUUCUGCAGCGGUCGCACAUGAUGACCUUUUUGGGCUUGUGCUGCGCCUGCCUCGCUCCGGGAGUGCACAGUGCCAGUCCCGCGUGCCCAGGGGAGUUUACCGUGCCUGGCUACGGCAGUGUGCAGCUGGUUCCCACUGGAUGGGUUGGCAGCAGCUUUGUGCCUGUGGAUGUGGCCAACGGCAGUACACUGGUCGCUCACAUGGAUGCUCGUGCUUACUUCGCCGACGAGUGCUCGGCGGGGAAGUACGACAACGAGCAGUACCUUGCCCUAAAUCUCUUGGGGAAGGUGCUGGGCUACAGCGUCGACCUCUCAGGAGCGGGGUGCGGGUGCAACGCGGCGCUCUACCUCACGUCCAUGCGCCAGAACACGGCACCGUCGCAGUGCUCCGACUAUUAUUGUGACGCCAACAACGUUUGCGGCGAGUCGUGUGCCGAGAUCGACGUCCAGGAGGCCAAUCAGCUGGCCUGGCACUCCACGCUCCACGCCGCGACCGACCCGAGCGGGGUGGGCGGUGGCUACGGCGGGGGCGACAGCUGGACGGGCCCGAGGGACUGGGGCUCCGCAGAGUAUGGCGAAGGCGCCAGGUGCGUGGACACGGCGCGCCCCUUUCGGGUGGAGGCCGCGUUCCCCGUGGACGACGAAGGCUCGCUGGUGGCCAUGGAGGUGACGCUGUCCCAGCCGGGCAAGCCGUGCAACGUGUCCGUGCGCCUCGGCUCGUACGCCGGCAUGGCCGAGCUCUCGCGCGCCCUCGAAGCCGGCAUGACCCCCAUCGUGAGCUACUGGAGCGCGACGGACAUGCUGUGGAUGGACGGCAAGGGCGCCGACGGCAAGGGCCCGUGCGCCGUGGACGACAUCAAGGCAUGCGGCGCGACGGUCGCGUUCCACAACUUCUCCGUGGCCCCCAUCGGCGCUGUGCCCGCUGCGAUCGCCGGCGCCGUGCCGACUCCUGCCGGCACGGGCGGCGGCUCUGUGGACGACCGCUCCGAGUGCGCGGAAACGUACGAGGAGAAUUGCGCAGGCAAGCAGUGCUGCAAGUCGGCAGGCAUGCAGUGCUACGUGAAGAACGAGUGGUGGGCGGCGUGCAGGGAGGCCUGCGUGCCUGGCUCCACGGACGACAGGGACCCAGAGUGGGCCAGGGCUCCCUGGAGCUGCGUGGCCCUUGGGCCGCGUGCGCCCACAGCCAGCAGCGGCGCGAAUGGCAUCAAUGCCUCCCGCAGCCGCCAGCACGGCAAAGAGACAGCGGCCACAGGCCGAGUCGUGGUCAAGGCCUGGGCGGAAGAUGUGCUGGCCGAGGUGGAGCAGGGCAGCGAGAUCACGCUGCUCGUUGGCGGCCAGGAGGUCCGAGCGGAGGUGAUGAUCACCGGUCCUGCGAACUUGGGCAAGCACGCCUUCGUGGAGUAGCUUAGGCUGUUCUGGCCUCUGGCUCCGCCUAGAGAGGGGGACACAGAGUCGGGGGG